CUGUUCGUGGGAACUGGGGUGCCUUGGGCAAAGGGUCUCGGACUUGGCGGUAACCGGCACACAGCAGGAGCCGCCUAAUAAUCAUUUUUUGGCCAUCUGUUUCAAGCAGCCUCCGCUCCCGCUUCUCCAAACCGCCACCUUCCACCGCCAACACCAUAACAAUAUCACAACCGAGCAACUUAGUUGGCUCCUCAAACCACCCUCUCAUUUUGUUUUCCUCCCUAAAAGCCCUCAAGAGCUUCCACUUCCAGGUUCCAAUUCCCAAGUGAGGGUUUAAAUCUUGAUUUUUAGGUACUUUGUGUCUGAGGUCAAUUUCUCCAAGACUGGAACUUUUGCUCCGCUAAUCGUAAAAGAUGGCAGCUAGAAUUCUGGCAAAUCUAAUUGUAAUUGGCUCAGGAGUAAUGGCACGUGCUUUUGUCCAAGCGUAUCGUCAGGCACUUGCAAACGCAUCAAGAAGUGGUGCUGCUCAAGAAGCAGUUCAGACCAUCAGAAGAGCGAGUAAAACCAUGACCGACUCAGAAGCAAGGCAAAUUCUUGGCGUGGCAGAGAAUUCAUCGUGGCAAGAUAUCUUGCAGAAGUAUGAUACCCUGUUUGAAAGAAAUGCAACAAAUGGGAGCUUUUAUCUUCAGUCAAAGGUUCAUAGAGCCAAAGAAUGUUUGGAAUCUAUUGAGCAGAUGAAAGCGCAGGGGCCAAGUUAAGAGAGUCAUUUUGCUUUCGAGGAGAGCGUAACUCGAUGAGCCAUUCUCUUUCUGCUCAACUUGGGUCAUUUAGCAAGUGAUUCAAGGGUUCAUCCUUGUUUUACCUCGUGUUAUUUUUCACAACCCGGUUUGACAUUUAUAUCAAGGAAUGACACUGGAAUCUGUUACCUCCGCGGCUCCGCCUAACGCCACCACAUAAAUGCUGUGCCUCAGAUUCUGUCUGUUCUGGCUUGUGCCCAUUUGCUUUCCUCUGAGCUAGUGUCUCACGUCUUCUUCGCAACAAAGAUAGUUACUUUGUUGGAAAAGAGGAUGAAUACAAAAUUAGCCUAGAGAAUUUUACACUAAUGAAGUCGAGGAUCGAUCUUUAACUUA